CUGACACACAGUGGCUGGUGGCUGAUGGCGGGGGCGGGGCUUGUAGACGGAAGUGUCUCCCGACUGGUCCAGCUGUCAUCUAGAAGAGAGAAGAGACCAUUUACACCGGCUGCCUAGGAAAUGCAGAAAAAGGGAAAACGCUAAAAUAUGUCAACAUCUAAACGAUAAGGUCAUGACGCCGAACUGAAGGAUAAAGAAGACGGUGAAGGCCAAAAGUGAAUUGAAGAUUUACUGGGUGUCCUAAAUGGGGGACUACGGGUUUGGAGUUCUGGUGAAGAACAGCAGCGGUAACAAAUCUGCUUUCCCUGUAAGGAUCCCUCCUCACCUUCAACCCCAGCACCCUCACCACCCCUCCAACCCCCCCAGCCCCCCUUCCUUCGUAAACAACACCUGCUCCACCAAUGGAGGCAGUUCUUGGCUGUUCCCUGCCGUAGCCCAACACAGUAACAUGCAAGAUGAGAUUCUGGAGUCAGACAAGUCCAAGGCCUUGGACCUCCAAGACAUGCAGGAGAAGUCUCAGGUCCAGGCCCAGCCCCAGGCCCUGUCCCCGGGCCAGCAGGAGGGUGGGGGAGGCCUAGGAGAGCUCGAUGGAGCUCUUCCUGAAGACGGCCCAUUGGAGAAGGGUUCUUUGGAGAGCAGUGGGGGAAAGGAGAAGCUGAGGAUGGAAUCCCCUGUGCUAAGCGGGUUCGACUACCAGGACAGCCUGGGAAUGGGUACAAGCUGUGCACAAUCCACCUCCUCCUCAUCCUCUCUGACCAGUUUUAACAACUGGUCCCCUGCUGUCCCAUCCACUCAGUCUCCAGUGGUCGGGGAAGACGUCGGAGGGUUCUUCGGUCCGGCUGGCUCCAACGCCAACGGACCACCCCUGCUGUUCCAGAACUUCUCCCACCAUGCCGGGCCUGGCUUUGGAGCGGGAGGUAGUUUCUCCCCGCAGAUUGGACCAGUCUCCCAGCACCACCCACCACCCACUCCUCACCCCCAACACUACCACCCCCAUGGUCAGGGGGUCCCGCAGCAGCACCGGCGCUCCCCAGCUAGCCCUCAUCCACCCCAGCCCUCCUUCCCUCCGCAUCCCCAUCGCACCGGACCGUUCACCCAGCUGCCCCACCUCGCUCCUGCCCAGAGCAAACCCCCUUCACCUUGGGGAAGCUACCAGGGAACCUCCACUCCCACAUCCACCUCCUGGAGCCCCGGUGGGUAUGGCGGCUGGGGAGGCACGCAGGGGGUCCGAGAGUACAGGCGGGGGGUAGGUGGAGGGAUGACGGGUCUUAACUCCAUCUCUCCGCUGAAGAAGUCCUUCCCCAACAAUCAGGUUCCUUCUCAGAAGUUCCCCAGAAAUAGCUCUGGUUUCAAUCACAAGGGCUGGGUGGAGGACAGCAUGAGCCGCAGUGACAGUGUCUACCCUUUCCAGCAGGAGAGAACACGGUCCUUUGAUGGUUUCAGUAUGCACUCUCUGGAGAACUCUCUGAUUGACAUUAUGAGGGCUGAGCAGGAUUCCUUGAAAGGACGCUACAGCUUCUCUCACCAGGGUGGAGACGGGCCUCUACCUAUGAAUGCAAGAAGUUAUGGCAGAAGACGAGGCCAUUCGUCCCUGUUCCCCAUGGAGGAUGAGCGCUCUUUUGGAGAGGAUGAGUCUGGUGACCAGGGGCUCGCUGGCCUUGGUUCGGCCCACUGUUUCCCCCACCUCAAUGGUGAACGCGUGGAGCGAUAUUCGCGCAAAGUGUUUGUUGGAGGGCUGCCCCCAGACAUAGAUGAAGAUGAAAUUACUGCCAGUUUCCGCCGUUUUGGUCACUUGUUUGUUGACUGGCCUCACAAGGCGGAGAGCAAGUCCUAUUUCCCACCAAAAGGGUAUGCAUUCCUGCUGUUCCAAGACGAGAGCUCUGUUCAGGCCCUGAUUGAUGCCUGCAUUCAGGAGGAUGGCAAGCUUUACCUGUGUGUCUCCAGUCCCACCAUCAAAGACAAGCCUGUCCAGAUUCGGCCCUGGAACCUCAACGACAGUGACUUUGUAAUGGACGGCUCUCAGCCAUUGGACCCGAGGAAAACUAUCUUCGUAGGGGGUGUCCCUCGUCCCCUACGUGCAGUGGAGCUGGCUAUGAUCAUGGACCGUCUGUAUGGUGGAGUGUGUUACGCUGGGAUUGACACAGACCCUGAACUCAAGUAUCCAAAAGGGGCGGGGCGAGUAGCCUUCUCCAAUCAGCAAAGCUACAUUGCAGCCAUUAGUGCCCGAUUUGUUCAACUGCAGCACGGGGAGAUUGAUAAACGGGUGGAAGUGAAGCCAUAUGUCCUGGACGACCAGCUGUGUGACGAGUGCCAGGGCACCCGCUGCGGGGGGAAGUUUGCUCCUUUCUUCUGCGCCAACGUGACCUGUCUGCAGUACUACUGCGAGUACUGCUGGGCAGCCAUCCACUCCCGGGCCGGCCGCGAGUUCCACAAGCCGCUGGUGAAGGAGGGGGGGGACCGACCGCGACACAUCUCCUUCCGCUGGAACUGAGGCGAGAGGGCAAGGGGCGGGUGACGAUGCAGAAUCGGGGAGGGACUGAAAGAAACGGGGUAGUAAGGGGAAGGGUACGGGCUACGAUAUGAAAAAUAAAUGCACUUUUCUUUUUAAGUUUAAAAAAACAAAACAAAAAAAAAACAACCUUAAUUUAUUUUUUAGUUUCUUUUUUAAUUGGGCCUUCUAAAAGAAGUAAAUGCUAAGAAGAGAGUGAAAUCCCAUUUAUGUUUUGACUUUAAGUGUGCAUGAGCAUAUGGAUGCAUUAGAUUUGGAUUUAGAUGUUUUCUGACUUGACUGUACUUUCUUUUCGUGUUAGCUGGCAAAGCUGCUUACAUUUGUUGUCAAGAGUAACAUAAAAUUUAAGUGAGGUUCAUCAUACCUAAAUCAGUAUACUAACUAUGGAAGUUGAGUUUAAGAAGGGUGCAUUUUCUUACUUUUUCGCUUGCAGGAUUAGAGAACAACUGUACCAUUUACCAAAGGUUUGAGCGCAAAUGGUUGGGUUUGAACAGAGGAGGCAAAACCGUUUCAGACGGUCGGACGAUUGAGUUUUUUUUUUUCAAGAAGCUCAGUGUAUAGCAUCAGGCCACGUCACAUAACAAAAUCUCCCCUCAGUCUGGCACAUGCGUUUUUUGAUUGCUGGCAUGAGUUUCUAGGUUUUGGUUUAGAAGUCGACACUUUGUAACCAGAAAGGGCAAACCAAAGAUUGGCCUAAAAGAAGAAAAAAAAACAAAAAAAAAACACAUCAUCAAAUCUGAUGUUGAUCUGAGGGGUUUUCAGGAUAAUGUUGUGUCCUCUUGUCAUUCGGCGGAGGAAAGGCUGGAGUUGUCUGGAGUUUCGGUUUGUGGGUGUCGGCUAAUAAAGACACAGCCCUCAGGGCUCAGGUAUUGACAGUAGUAUUUGCUCACUUUAUAUUGUCAGGGAUAUUAGCACUGGAAGCUAACAUGCUAAUGUAGUACAAACUAAUGGGAAUGCACAGUCCAGUCUCCUGAGCUGUCCUCAUGGUGUACCACUGCACGCUCUACCAUGACUGGAGCUUCUAUCACAAGUGUUGUGGUUGGAUAUGGUAGUAGCUAGAAUUUGCUGUCACAGAGAUAAAGAUAUUAUUUUAUACAUGGCCUGCUGAUUUUUGUACAGUGUUUUAUAGCUGAUUAUUUUGUCAUGAACAUAUAUACAUUUAUUAUGCACUACUUUUCUAAAUAUUUUUUUCAAUAGUCAUUUUAGGCACAUUUUUUCACAGAUGGGAGAACUCCUUUUGCAAUACCUCAUUUUUUUCACUUGGUGAAAAAUAAUUUUGUACCUUUGUUACUAAGAGAUCUGCAUUUAUGGUAAACUUAAUUUAAAAAAGAAAAUGAAUGAUAUUAAUAUAAUUUUCAAUUAGCUUUUAUAUAUUUAAGUGCUGGUAAAUCUGAAAUUGUCUGGUGCAUAGGUGUGAUUCUGUAGAUAAAAAAAAAAAAAGAAAAUGAAAUAAGGCUAUCAUUAGCCAGUCAUAUAUGGAUUCUCCUCUGUCCUGAUAAACCUAAUUACAGGAUCCUAAGGCAUGACAAGACCUUUCUAAACUGAUUUUGAUAGUCUUGAAAAUAUAUUCUGAUAUUCCGCUCCUAGGUGUAGUCCAUAAGAUUAUCGAUAGGGUAAAUGUUUUGGCUUUGGUCAAUGUGAAAUGUUCCCUUCUAUCACCGGAGUGGAUAUCAGCUGUUUGAAUAUUUAGAUCCUCUUUCUGGGACUGCCUGUAAGUUCUACUUAUUCUUGGCAUGCAUAAUGUAAUACAGAAAUAACAUGGCUAGCGUUAAUGCAGGACCUAAUGUAAUGCACUAGAUCUCCUUUUUCCUUUUUAACGUUCUUUUCCUUAUCUCUUUGAGAUCACCUCUCUUGUAGCCUCUCUUUACAUGAUGGAGUCUGCCUUCCUUACACAGAUAUGAUGUUUAUGCAAUCUACACAGUGACAACACUUUGGAUGUGUUUUGUAAUGUAGAGGACACUCAGUAGGACAUAGGUGAGGAGACUUGAUCACUUGACCCCCUUUGUGAUGUGGCAUGCUUUGGGACAUAACCUGAAUGUGAUUUAAUGUUGCAAGUUAACUUUGAGCCAUUAUGUGCAAUACUUAUUCUUUCCAGAACCGAGUCGCCGCAGUGUAAGUCAUUUAAUCCAUACGAACCAUGCAGUCAUUUACACAUUAUUUGUUUCCUAUUGUUCAUGCUGAUGUCUGCAAGGAAAAAAAAAAAAAAACUAAUUUAUACCUGAAUUUAUUUUUAAACAUUAGUUUUGUGCUUAUUUACUUAUUUUGCUACUACUAUGCUACUGUGAUUGAAAACAUUGUAUAUACUAGGUCGAUAAUGUAUUUAGCAUUUGCUAUAUUUUCAAUUGAAAUGUAUAACUAUCAUUUUGAUCAGAUUUUUGUUAUAUUUUUGGGUGAUGUGUUAAACUCGUUGAUGUGUCUAGUUUUUCUAAUUGCUGUAUUGUGCUCCACAUUUUCAGAUGAAAAGAAUAAUGAUUAUGUCUGUUAGUAUUGAUUGCAAAAUUUCAAUAGUUUUUAAUUGUAUGCUGGGAAGGUUAUAUUUAUUAACUUUUUUUUUUCUUUUUUUUUUUACCUAUCAUUUUGAUUUUUAUUAAGUCAUUUCACAUUUAUACGUAAGUUCCAAUUUUUUAUAUUUUCUUCCUGAUUAAUUUACGCUACAAUACAGACGUCAGUUUUUAUAGUUGGUUUGUAGUAUUGAAGUAAAAACAAAGAUCUAAUGUCAUAUAUUCAUUUGCUGCCAACUGUUUGUAACUGUAUGCAUACAUUUGAAGUAUUUGUAAUGUGAGUUGUUGAACGAAUAAAACAGCUGUGAGGAAGAAUUA